AUGUUUGCUCGCAAUUUAUUGAGACAAGGAGCCAAGUCCAGAGUCGCUCUUGCGAACAUCUCAAGCAGAAGACUGUAUCAUCCAAAGGUGAUCGACCAUUAUCAGAACCCAAGAAAUGUGGGAACGAUGGAUAAGAAUCUGAAUAAUGUCGGAACUGGUCUCGUCGGUGCGCCGGCAUGCGGAGAUGUGAUGAGAUUGCAGAUCAAAGUUAACGAUGAGACCGGAGUUAUUGAAGAUGUCAAGUUUAAGACGUUUGGCUGCGGUUCGGCCAUUGCAUCCUCGUCCUUUGCCACCGAACUGGUGAAGGGCAUGACUCUUGAAGAGGCUGCCAACAUUAAGAACACGAUGAUUGCAAAGGAGCUUUCUCUUCCUCCAGUGAAGCUGCACUGUUCCAUGCUGGCCGAAGAUGCAAUCAAGAGCGCAAUCAAAGAUUACAAGGCCAAGAGAGGCAAUCGCAAGCCAACUAUGUAG